AUGCCUACGCUGCGGUCUUCGAGCCAAGAAUAUGUCUGUCAGAUGCCCAUAAAUGCAUCCAUCAUUUAUACGAAACAAAGCUCAACAAGCUCAAUACCCCCAGUUUCGAAGAAGUCUGGGGCAGGAUACAUAUCCCAGCGUCGACAUCUCUCAAAAUGCAGUUCCACGGGCAGCUCGUCCCCUUCCGCUGCAAAUAUUGCACCAGCAGAGAUCCUACUAGAGAUUUUCUCCAUGUUGACACCGCGGGACUUCGACAACGCCCGGCGGACAUGCUCACUGUGGAUGCGGACUAGCCUGAGCCACAAGUUGCUUGAAGAUAUGCUGAAAAGGGCAGGGUGGUGGGAUGCAUGGCUGCAAGACCGCAAAACGCCACGCAUCUCCCGAUUAGAUGAGAGCGAGGUCUGGAGAAUGAGCCGCCGCUUUGCGACAGAAUGUCUCCUUUCGGGGCGAAAGUUGAAUGUCGAGAAGCCGGGCUUUCUGACUACUGCUGUGGUAGACUUUUCAGGUCUAUCUGGUUCUACAGGAAGAAAAUCCCGCAUUCGACUCCAGCCAUUUUUGCAGAUAGAAGGCAAAGGGCCAGUUUCAACUUUCAGCACUAGCAGCUGCAGCAACUACUUGCUCGUGACAACUGGCUGCAUGAUUUAUCUUUAUGCUCUUUUGGGUCGGAAAUCAAUGCCAACAUCGGCCAAAGACUUCAGCAAUGUGGACUUGUCGCUAGUCUCGCGAAUCUCAUGUCCGUUCGAUGUUCUCUCGGCUGUCAUAGACACCAGCAAGCCCCAUUUUACCAUCGCUGCACUGCUUUCUAACCGCGUUGGCAUGAUCUGCAACUUGGAUAUGGCUUGGGCCAAAGUUUCAGCGACCAAGGGACCUCUUUCUAAUGGCAAAACGGCCACCUUAUCCCGCCACUUCUUCUACAAUGUCUGCACAGUAGACAACCCACCCCGAACAGUUGCUCUCUGUCCCGGUCAGUCAGUCGUCGCCUUCGGCUGUGCUGCGGGCAUCGAAAUCCACAGCGUGAACGAAACAAAGCGCAAUGAACAACGCAGAUACUUUACCGUCCCUCAACCCUCCGAGAUCCUUCAUUUCCUCCCAAGUAGUCCAGAAACACCCAGCGAGCUACGUCUCAUUUCCUCACUAUCCGGACCGGGUGUCCAUGAAUGCAAAUGCCCACCUUCACCCUCCCCUUCAUCUUCAUCCUUCUCGGCAUCAUCACCAAAACACAAUCAAUUCCAUUUCCUUGCAGAUAUUCAGUCUUUCAAUCGCCGCCGUAUUCCCCAUGCCCCAUCCCGCAGUCUCAUCCGCGCAACACACUGCCACCACUAUCGUGCCGUUCCCAUCAACGAUGGCUUUCAUAUCAUGUUCAUCGAGCCACGCACGAGCUUAUUAUGCAUUGGCACCGAUGCUCCUAUCGGCGGGCCAACAAGCCUCACGCGUGCAUUCGUGUGCGUUCCGCCACCUUUCUCAAACACCCAAAACCGACAGAUCAAGACACCACCGCCAUCCCCAUCACUCUCCAACACAAUCCCGCCUCCAAAAGAUCUCCCAAUUCCGACAACCUUCACCGCAGGCUCCGACCUCCGAUGGGGUCUUCGUGUUGUCGCGGCCUACGAUGACCGCCUCGUGUUGUACUCGAUUCCCUUGGACGUAUUCAACAUGAUCCGCAAAGAGCGUGAACGCCAAGCCGAUGGGGUAAUGGGCGACAGCGAUCUGGCACCGGCCUGGUACGUUGACUCAGAGCGGACCCGCAAGCAGCGUGAGAGUCUAGUGCAAAAUCAGAACGGGGAGUGGGAGUUCGUUUUGUCUGUCUCUUAUCGGCCCACGGCUAUGAUGUGGCCGUUUAAAAUCUAUGGCAAGGAGAUCGGAUCUGUCAAGGGGACCGUUGAGCUUGCUUUGCAGUCUUCUGAGGGUGGAGUCAGGGUUUGGGCUUUUGGGAAGGAUGGCAAAGGUACAAUCUUGGAUGUUGAUACUGGUGAUGCUCCCACUCGGUCUUUUGGUGUUAGUUCCGAUGGGGGGGUGGAGGAUCUUGGUCUUUUUCAGAGAAAUCUUGGUCUUUCGAGGAAAAGGAAGUUCGAGGAAUUGAAUGAGUUCGUGGGUUAUGGUGCUGGUCGAUAUUCUGGAGUGGAUGGGGUCAAGCCCUGUGCUGCUGGUGUUCACGAUAUACAUCACCCAUCGGUUCGGCGAUCAUCUUUUGCAGCUUGUAUCAUAGAUUUCAAGAUUCCUUUGUAUUAA